AGCGCAUGGAAGAAGGGCCGGAAGGUCUACAAUUCCAAUCUUUCCUCGAAACUGAUGCGCGGGACUCUUCAGGAGGUGGAGUCAACUCCCAGAGAGGGUACAUUCCUGAUCGGCCGGGGAAGUCAAGUUUCUGGAACGUCGAAUAUUACCAGCCAUACUUUGACAUAGACACUAAAACUGUCUUUCGUCGCUGCUACUUAACCUUGAUACCUAAGGCAAACUAUAUCUCCAACCAUUUGUCGCCCGCCGACUUAUAUGGCCCCUUCUGGACAUUGACUACCCUUAUCUUCUCCCUCUUUGUCUUCUCUUCGCUCGCAUCGUCUAUAGCCGCCUAUCUCUCCGACCCAGGCGCCGCGUCGCCGACCAACCCCAUCGAGUAUGACUUCGGAUUGUUGAGCACGGCGUUUGGGCUCGUCUAUGCAUAUGGACUGGGCAUACCCAUUCUACUGUGGCUUGGGCUGAGAUAUCUGGGUGUGGGGGAGUGGAGCAUUGUCGAGACGGUCGCGUUGUGGGGGUACGGCCAGUUCGUUUGGAUUCCUGUCUCGUUGCUGUGCGUGAUUCCAGUGCCGAUCCUGCGGUGGGUCCUUGUCGGCCUCGCCUUCUUGCUCUCAGGCUACUUCCUGAUAGUAAACACUUGGCCGAUCCUCGCUACGGCUGAUCAAAAGGCUGUGCGACUGGUUGCAAUCUUUCUCGUGCUUCUGCACGCCGCACUCGCGUUGUGCUUCAAAGUCCUCUUCUUCAGCUACUAUGCAGUGAAGGAGAUUGGUCCCAAAGACCCUAUACCGGAUCCAGGGCCUACUGCACGCGCGUUUUGAUUCUACUUUCUGUGGAAGUAUCGUACAGUGGCUCAGCUCUAUUUAUGCUUUCAAUCAAAC